AUUCAUUCAGGUCAUUCAUUCAUAUUCGUAGCAGACAUCAAGCAAAAGUCACCUUCAAGAAAAACCUCAUAUAUCCUCAUAUUGCUUGAGUACAACCGGCAAAUAAAUAGUGUGUAAAAUACUUUGCACAAAUUAGUUCCACCGUAUAAUUUUAUACAAUAAUUGUUAUUUCAACAAUAAGAUACACUUUAUAUUGAAAAUGGCAGAAGGCAAAGCUGAUAUUGCCCUCAUUGGCUUAGCGGUCAUGGGCCAGAACUUGAUCCUGAAUAUGAAUGACCAUGGGUUUGUGGUUUGUGCAUACAACAGAACUGUCUCUAAGGUGACUGAUUUCCUUGACAAUGAAGCUAAAGGUACAAAAAUUAUUGGAGCAAAUUCUCUUGAAGAUAUGGUUUCAAAGUUAAAGAAGCCAAGGAAGGUCAUGCUUUUAGUGAAAGCUGGGUUUGCUGUAGAUGAAUUUGUGAAGAAACUGCUGCCAUUGUUAGAGAAAGGAGAUAUUAUAAUUGAUGGUGGCAAUUCCCAGUACACCGACACACAGAAAUGGUGCAAGGAGUUGAAGCCUACUGGUAUCCGCUACAUAGGCAUGGGUGUCAGUGGUGGCGAAGACGGAGCAAGAUACGGACCCUCCCUGAUGCCUGGUGGAGACCCUGAGGCCUGGCCUCAUGUCAAACCUAUUUUCCAGGCUAUCUGUGCUAAGGCGAACAACGAGCCGUGCUGCGACUGGGUGGGCGAGGACGGAGCGGGCCACUUCGUCAAGAUGGUCCACAACGGCAUCGAGUAUGGAGACAUGCAGCUCAUAUGCGAGGCCUACAGUCUCAUGAAGGAUGUCUUAGGCUUGGAACAAUCUAAAAUGGCGCAAGUAUUUGAUGAUUGGAACAAAGGAGAAUUGGACUCAUUCCUCAUCGAGAUCACACGGGACAUAUUGAACUUCAAGGAUAAAGAUGGCCAGUACCUGCUGCCUAAGAUUCGCGACACGGCUGGACAGAAAGGUACAGGCAAAUGGACUGGCAUCAGCGCGUUGCAGUACGGAGUACCUGUCACGCUAAUUGGCGAAGCUGUUUUCUCCAGGUGCCUCUCAGCCAUCAAAGAUGAGCGUGUGGAGGCUAGCAAGGUGUUGCCAGGGUCGAACAUCAAGUUCACUGGUAAUAAGGAGGAGUUCCUGGUCCAUCUUCGUAAGGCUUUGUUUGCCAGCAAGGUUAUCUCUUACGCUCAAGGGUUCAUGCUGCUCAGAGAGGCUGCCAAGGAGAACAACUGGAACCUGAACUACGGCAGCAUUGCGUUGAUGUGGCGCGGCGGCUGCAUCAUCAGAAGUGCCUUCCUCGGCAACAUUAAGGAGGCGUACACGAAAAAUCCUCAGUUGUCGAACUUGCUGCUGGACCCGUACUUCUGCGAGAAGAUGAGUGCGUCGACGCCGUCGCUGCGGCAGGUAGUUGCGCAGGCGGCGCUGGUGGGAGUGCCCGCGCCCGCGUUCGGCGCCGCGCUCGCCUUCUACGACGGCUACCGCAGCUCUGUCUUACCCGCUAACUUGCUGCAGGCGCAACGUGACUACUUCGGCGCGCAUACAUACGAGCUGCUCAGCAAACCAGGCACCUUCGUGCACACCAACUGGACCGGCCACGGCGGCAACAUCUCCGCCUCCACUUACAAUAACUAACUUCAACGACAUUGAUACACUAUACUUCCCUGAAACUCCACUCCCUCAUCGUCUUCCUGCAUUUAUUUCCGUGUCCAUUUAUUCUUCUUUGCGAGUCGAUGGCGAUCGAUACAAAAUUUUUGCUGACCAAUAAUUGGCCACGCUUACGGCAUUGUCAGUGGCUUCGUAAAGGUCUUUAAUAGUGCAUGUGCAGGUGAUUUUUACAAAGCCAACCGUCAAUUUGACUUUCCAGAAAAACUACAAGUCCAACUUGCCGUGGUCAAAUGACGCAGACAUUCCAGAUUUUUGUGACUUACAAUAAUGUACAAACGGUAUAGUGACUAAGUAUAAAAAUUGAAUUUUGAACAUUUUACAAUGUACGUAGGUAUUUAAGGAAAAUAAUGAACUAAGGAAUAUCUUGUUGAGGCAAGGGGAUAGAUCUAUUUGUUUAUUGAACUAUGACAUUCCUUUGUGUUGUAAUAUUAUAUUUGUAAGUUCACAUACAUUCAAUGUUAUUAACAUUCCCUUGUUAGUUAAUUGUUGUGUGUUUUUUGUGUUAUUCGGUGUCGGGUAAUGCUUCGUUUACAUAUUUUUUAUGCUUUUGUUACGAAAUCAAAUAAUUAUUAAGUUAUUUAUGUCUGGUCCCUUUUAUGCUAUGAAGAACAAUGGGUGCUAAUAUUUGGAUGAUUUUUAAUAAUAAAUAUACAAUAUUUUAUUA